AUGAGCGCUCCCGCGGACGCGCCGAGGAACACCGCGAGACGAGACCUCCUGCUCGAUCUCCAGCGCCGGGCGCAGGCGCGAUGGGAGGAGACCAAGGCGUUCGAGGUGGACGCCCCGGCGCGCGCGAGCGAGGCCGAGAGCGAGGCGAAGUUCUUCGGGAAUUUUCCGUACCCGUACAUGAAUGGAUUGUUGCACCUCGGACACGCGUUCUCGCUGUCAAAGCUGGAGUUCGCGUCGGCGUAUCACAGGUUGAAGGGCGAUCGCACGCUGUUCCCGUUCGCGUUUCACUGCACCGGGAUGCCGAUCAAGGCGUGCGCGGAUAAGAUCACGAAAGAGAUCGCGCAGUACGGGAACCCGCCGGUUUUCCCGGACGAGAGUGAGCUCGCGGCGGCGGCGGAGGCCAAGGCGGCGAAGGAGGCGGCGAACGCGGGGCCGACGGACCCGACCAAGUUUGUGGCGAAGAAGUCCAAGGCCUCGGCGAAGAAGGGGACGCAGAGCACGCAGUGGGGGAUCAUGCAGGCGAGUGGGAUCCCGGAGGAUGAAAUUCCGAGCUUCGCGGACUCCAUGCACUGGUUGAACUACUUCCCACCAUUGGCGAAGCGAGACGUCGCGGCGAUGGGUUGCCAAGUCGACUGGAGACGCUCGUUCAUCACCACCGAUGCAAACCCGUUCUAUGACGCGUUCGUUCGAUGGCAGUUCAACACGUUGAAGAAGAUCGGUAAGAUUGUGAAGGCGAAGCGCUACGCUGUUUACUCGCCGAUCGACGGUCAGCCGUGCGCCGACCACGACAGAGCUUCAGGCGAAGGCGUUGGACCGCAAGAGUAUCUCCUCAUCAAGAUGGCUGUGUAUGAGGAGUGCCUCACCGGCGAUUUGGCUCCGUUGAAGGGUAAGAAAGUGUUCUUGGCCGCGGCGACGUUGCGUCCGGAGACGAUGUACGGCCAGACGAACUGCUGGAUUUUGCCAGACGGUGACUACGGCGCGUACGAACUCGCGAAUGGAGAAGUUCUCGUCAUGUGCGAGCGUGCCGCCCUCAACUUGUCGUAUCAGGAACAGUUUGCCGAAGAGGGUAAGCCGAAGUGCUUACUCAGCUUCAAGGGCCAAGCUUUGAUCGGCUGCGUGGUGGAAUCCCCGAGAGCGGUUCUCAAAAAAAUUUACUGCUUGCCCAUGAUGACCAUUUUGAUGAACAAGGGCACGGGUGUGGUGACCUCCGUCCCGUCCGAUUCGCCGGAUGACUUCAUGGCUCUCAGCGAUCUCAAGGCGAAGGCUGGUCUUCGCGAGAAGUUCGGGGUCAAGGAUGAGUGGGUGAUGCCUUUUGAGGUUGUUCCUUGCAUUAACAUUCCUGAAUUUGGCGACGCGUGCGCACCGAAGGUGUGCGCCGAACUCAAGAUUCAGUCUCAAAACGAUCGCACUAAGCUCGAUGAAGCCAAGCAUAGAACGUACUUGAAGGGUUUCACUGAUGGUAUCAUGCUCCUUGGCGAACACAAGGGUAAACCAGUGAAGGAAGCAAAGCCUAUUAUCAGGCAGGAGAUGAUUGACGAUAAGACUGGUUUGGUGUACAGCGAGCCCGAGCGAACUGUCAUGUCCCGUUCCGGCGGUGAGUGCGUCGUCGCGCUCACUGAUCAGUGGUACCUCGAGUACGGUGAAGAGUCUUGGAAGUUGAGAGCCGACAAAUGCCUCGAGAACAUGAACUGCUACCAUGAAGAAGCUCGAAAUGGUUUCAUUCACACUCUCGGGUGGCUUCGUCAGUGGGCUUGUAGCCGCUCGUUCGGCCUGGGCACGAGAAUGCCGUGGGAUCCGCAGUACUUAAUCGAGUCGCUUUCGGACUCCACCAUUUACAUGGCGUAUUACACUGUUGCCCACCUGUUACAAGGUGGAGACAUGUUUGGCAACGCGCGGCCGUCAGUCGAGCCGGAGCUUAUGACGGAUGCAGUUUGGGAUGCCAUCUUCCUCGGAACCGAGAAGCCUGACGAGAAUGUUUUCCCGCGUGAUUUGCUUGAUCGUAUGAUCAACGAAUUCAACUACUGGUACCCGUUUGACCUUCGUGUCUCCGGAAAAGAUUUGAUUCAAAACCACUUGUCUUUUGCCAUCUACAACCACACGGCGAUCUGGGAAGAUAAAAAGAUGUGGCCGCGCGCAUUCAGAACGAAUGGUCACUUGCUUUUGAACAAUGAGAAGAUGAGUAAGUCUACCGGUAACUUCAAGACGCUUAAGCAAGCCAUCGAAGAGUUUAGCGCUGACGCAAUGCGUUUCAGUCUUGCGGAUGCUGGUGAUACGGUCGAAGACGCCAACUUCGUCGAAGAUACGGCAAACGCCGCUAUUCUGCGCUUGACGAAGGAGAUUGCUUGGUAUGAAGAACAAAACGCUGACAUCGAAGCAGAUAAGCUACGCAAGACGGCUCCGAACAAGUUCAUCGAUCGUGUCUUUGCAAACGCCAUGAACAUUGCCAUCGCGCAGACGCAAGCCAAUUAUGAAAACAUGAUGUUCCGCGAAGCGCUGAAGACUGGCUUCUAUGAUUUGCAGUCUGCAAGGGAUGCGUAUCGUCUCAUGAGUGCCGAAGAAGGCGGCAUGCAAGUUGACCUUGUGAAACGCUUCAUGGAGGUACAAACUCUGCUCCUUGCGCCAAUUUGUCCGCACACGUGCGAGCACAUCUACGGUCAACUCCUGAUGAAGGAAGGCAGCGUCACUAACGCAGGCUUCCCCGUCGGUGAACCGGAAGAUACUGCCCUCACUGCUGCGAACAAAUAUUUGGGUGAUCUUAUCACGAAUAUGCGUAAGGGAAUCGCCAAGUGUACGGCUCCUCCGAAGAAGGGACCGAAGGGUCCGCCUAAGUCUGUCAAGUCUGCCACUGUCUUCAUUGCCUCUGAGUUCGUCGGAUGGCGCGCCAUUUGCUUGGGCAUCUUGUCUGAGUGCUAUGAAGCAAAGAUGAAGUCGUUCCCACCCGUGCCAGAAAUCCUCGAAAAGGUCAAGGGCAGCGAACUUGCGGGAGACGCCAACUUCAAAAAUGUCAUGAAAAUGGUCAUGCCUUUCAUCAAGUACAAGAUGGAUGAGACGAACGUCGCCGGUGUCUCAGCUCUCAGUCUGAAGAGUAUUUUCAAUGAGAUAGACGUGCUCUCGGAGAACAUCGAUUUCAUCAAGCGCGCGUUACACGUGCCUGAGGUGAGGAUUUGUCUCACAACGAGUGACAACGUGGGCUCGAAGGCUGACGAAGCCACGCCCGGAUCCCCGGCUUUCGAGUUUGAAGUCGUGGAAGACGUUACUGAAGGCAAUAAUCUCGCCGAGGGUCUCGCGAGAGUGCUUCUGAACUAA